AUGUUAGUGAGAUCACAUGGAGCGUGCAUGAGUAGACUUGACCGGAUUCUUGUUUCCCCAAAUUGGCUUAUGGAGUGGGGCGACGUAAAUCUUUGGGCUCUUCCAAGGGAUAUCUCGGACCAUUGCCCUAUUAUUCUUAGGUACUCUAACUUUGAUUGGGGCCCAAAACCCUUUCGGUUUAACAAUCAUUGGCUUAAGAAUAAAGGGUUUAGAGAGGUGCUGAAGGAGGGUUGGUCUUCUACAUUGGUUGUAGGGUGGAAGGGGGUGGUUGUUAAAGAAAAAUUGAAGGCUCUUAAAGAGGUCCUAAAGAGGUGGAAUAGGGAGGUUUACGAAGGCUUGGAGGAGAAGAUAUUGGCUCUUACAAAAGAAGUUGAAAGGCUCGACUUGAAGAGGGAAGUUGGGGUUUUUGGUGAUGACGACAAUGUGGCUCAAAAGACUUGCCUCUUGGACUUGCGCAAUCUUCUCCAUAGUAAAGAUAGCUUGUUGUUCCAAAGGUCGCGGUCUCGUUGGUUGAAGGAAGGUGAUGCUAACACCGGCUACUUCCAUUCGUGCGUGGAACCGGUGGAGGUUAGGGGGGAGGUGGUGGGGUUCUUUAAAAAACAUUACGCCGAGGUUAAUUGGAGAAGGCCUCAACUUGAUGGGGUGGAAUUUCCAUCGCUUUCACCCGAACAAAUUGAAUCUCUGGGUAAGCCUUUCUUGGUGACGAAGUGA